UGGUUAUAUGUCUAGUAGCUACUUGCAGUCAUUUGUAUAGGAGAAAUUUUAACAGAUAGAGUGACAAGGCAACCCUGAUGAUAAAAUUCCUGUUGAAGGGUGAUUUUGGUAUUACCAGUGACUUUUACCAUGUCAAUGUAUUUUGGUAAUUUUCUUUGCCAAACAAAUUUGGUAUUCUACAAUUUAGUGAUAUGCAGUUAAUUCACAUGUUUAUAUUUUAAAUUAGUAAUUUUGAUUGAUUUUCAGUCAGAGGAUGCAUUCAUAUGCCAAAAGGAUGAUAUUGAAUCAGAUAGUCGUAGAAAUGUUGGAGAGGAUGUAGAGGGAGGUAUGUGUGGUGAUGGUGGUGGUGAAAAAGAGACGUUUUUUGGAUUGCCGGUGAAAGUGAAGGAGCUGCUGGAGGAAAAUAGACAAGUAAAGAAUCUUUAUGAGUGGCAGGAGACAUGUCUGAAGUUGGAUGCUGUCAGACGCAGACAUAACUUCAUUUAUUCGCUCCCAACUAGUGGAGGAAAGACUCUCGUUGCAGAGAUUUUGAUUCUUAGAGAAUUGCUUUGUCGUAAUCGUGACGCCCUGUAUGUCCUUCCCUUCGUGUCUAUAGUUCAAGAAAAGGUUCGUGCUCUCUGUCCCUUUGCAACAGAAUUGGGCUUUAGCAUUGAAGAGUAUGCAGCACACAGAGGGCGAAUGCCUUCAUUGAAACGUCCAAACAAAUGCUCACUGUAUAUUGCUACAAUUGAAAAAGCUAAUAGUUUGGUCAACAGUUUGAUUGAAGAGAAUCGCAUUGAGGAAAUUGGAAUUGCUGUGUUUGAUGAACUCCACAUGCUUGUUGAAGGAGGUGAACGUGGUGCAACUCUUGAAAUCUCUAUUUGCAAGCUGAAGUUUGCAAGCCCUUCAACACAGAUCAUUGGUAUGAGUGCCACCCUGAGCAAUGUUUGCGAUCUCCAGCAAUUCCUAGAUGCUGAACUGUACCGCAACGACUUCAGGCCAAUCCAACUCAAAGAAUAUGUUCAAUUCAAAGAUGGAACAUAUAGAGUGGAUGACGUGAUUAACGAAGACAAAAUUCUUUCAAAAGCCACACCUUGUAGGUCGGAUAUUGUCAGUCAGGUUGACUUGAAGAGAGACCCGGAUGGUUUGGUGGCCCGCGCGUUGGAUGCCGUGCUGGGGGAGGAUGGCUUUCCUAGGCAUUCGUGUCUCGUGUUUUGUCCAACGAAGUCGAGCUGUCAGAGUGUGGAAAUGAUUUUGUUCGUGUUGCGCAAUUCAUAUACUCAAAUGGUGGAGUGGCGUUCUGCCGAGAAACGGCAACUUCUUGAGGCCAUCAAUGAUGACGUUGGCUCUUUCUGUUCAGUUUUAGCAGAGACGAUACCGUAUGGAGUGGCAUACCACAACAGCACUUUGACCAUGGAUGAGCGACAACACAUAGAAUCCUCGUACAUGUGUGGAGUUCUGUUUGUUCUCUGUUGCACAUCAACUCUUGCUGCAGGUGUUAACUUGCCAGCAAAAAGGGUUAUUGUACGUUCUCUGUAUGUUGGGCAGCAGUUGAUGACAAUCAGUCAUUACAAACAGAUGGUAGGGAGAGCUGGAAGGGCUGGUUUAGAUGACAGUGGGGAGAGCAUUUUGAUUGUGCAGCCAAAGGAACAGAUGCAGGUCAUUGAAAUGCUUCGAAACUCAUUUAGCAAGCGUUGUAGUUCACUAUUAUUGCAAGACAGCAAACCUAUCAGGAGACUUGUCUUAAACAUUAUAGGGCUGAAAAUUGCCAGCAAUGAGGAGCUGUUGAUGUCGUUUAUGAACACGACACUUUUCAGCAUACAAACAAAACGUGAAGAUGUGGAGAGUUUUGUGAAAGAGGCAAUACGGAGUCUGUUGAAUGCAAAACUGCUCUGCUAUCGCCCUAUUUGCAUGAGCUUACCAGCAUUACAUGGAUCACAAAAGUUGGAUGUUCCUGCUGACGUUUGCGGUGGAGGGUUUAUCAAGAAAGAGAAUCCAUUGGCAGCUAUUGAUGAUUUGUUCCGUGAUCUUGAUGUAACAGCUGUGGGAAGAGCUACGUAUAAGGGUUGUAUUGAUGUUGACAUUGGACCAAUUGUCUAUCGUGACUUGCAGCGAGCACAAGAACACCUUGUUCUUGCUGGCAAUCUUCAUCUUGUUCAUCUUGUUACUCCAUAUGAUCUUACACUUUCAAUGAAAGUCAACAAUUGGCAAGCGCUUUUGACAAAAGUGUCAAAUUUCUCUUCGAGUGAGUUGCACGCCACUGAUGUUAUUGGUUGUAAUGAAGGUUAUGUAUCACGAAGAGUUUCAGGAGAAGCAGGCAAGAAGAAUGAUGACAAAGAAAACCGAUAUGUUCGUUUCUACUUCUCCCUCAUAUUGUGUCACCUGAUUCAAGGCAAUACCAUCUGGAAAACAUCAGAGAAGUUUCAAGUGGAGCGAGGUUUUGUACAAAGUUUACUUCAAUCGGCUACUUUGUUUUCCAGCUGUUUAGUUCACUUUAUCAAGGAGUUGCCUGAAUUCUGGAGUUUGAGUCUUCUCCUUGAAGUGAUUACAAAACGAAUUGCAAUGGCAAGCACUACAGAGCUGUUGCCAUUGAUGGAGUUGUCGUCUGUCAAACUGAGUCAUGCGAAGCAGCUUUACAAAGCUGGCUUCAAGACACUCCAGCUGGUUGCAAGAUCAGAUGUGGAUACUCUGGUCAGAUGCAUGCGUCCGCUGUCACGUGAAGCUGCUAAGAAGAUAAUCGCAGCAGCAAAGACGCUGCUGAUAGAGAAGGCUCGAGAACUCCAAGAGGAAGCUGAGGAUUUGGCUGCGGGUGUAGAAUUGGCAUCAUAACACUUGCAACUUUCACCACCAAGAAACCAAUACCAUGGCAAGUCAUUCACACUCCUGAGCAUAUGUAUAUAAGAUGGCAACAUUUUCAGACAUCUUGAUGUCAGUGUCAUGCAUCUUAUCAGCCGGAACGAAGACUAUUUUUAGGGACAUUUGUAGAUAUGCCGUCUUCAACAAUUGUUAUAUUAUGUUUGUGCAGCAGGCUUGGGUUAGCAGGAAUGUAAUAUACAAGGCCGUUGCAUGAUUUCAAUAAAUUAUGAGAUGA